GCCGUCCAACUCCUCCAGCUUGCCCAAUUGGCCCAUUCCCCAGCGCUCUACCGACCUCGCAUCUCCGUAACUCUCCUUCACCAUGUUCCGACAAGCCAUUGCCGCCUCUUCCAGAGCUCUGCGCUCAACGCCGGGCAUCGCCGCCAGCCGAGCUGUUCUGCGGCCUCAGUUCCAGACUGCUGCUCCUGCCGUCUCAAUAAGAUCAUUCCAGCCUGCCGCCAGCCGGUGGUACAGCGAAACCAAGGAGUCUACCGAGUCCAAGGAGGCUCCCAAGGCCGAGGAAAAGGCUGAGGCCAAGGAGGGAGAGAAAAACGGCGAGGCUGACGCUGUCGCUCAGCUGAAGAAGGAUCUCGAGGCCAAGGAUGCUGAGGCUCGUGACUGGAAGGACAAAUGCCUUCGCACCGUCGCCGACUUCCGCAACCUCCAGGACCGCACAGCACGUGAGGUAAAGGCCGCCCGCGACUUUGCCAUCCAAAAGUUCGCAAAGGACCUCGUCGACAGCGUCGACAACCUCGACCGCGCCCUAUCCACCGUCCCCGCGGAAAAGCUCAAGGCCGAGAACAAGAGCGAGGACCUCCAGGAGCUGGUCAACUUCUACGAGGGCCUCAAGAUGACCGAGAACAUCCUCAUCCAGACACUAGCCAAGCACGGCCUGGAGCGACUGGAGCCCGAUGGCGUCAAGUUCAACCCCAACGAGCAUGAGGCUACCUUCAUGGCCCCCCAGCCCGGCAAGGAGGACAACACCGUCUUCUUUGUGCAGCAGAAGGGCUUCAAGCUCAACGGCCGUGUUCUGCGUGCCGCCAAGGUCGGCGUCGUUAAGAACGCUUAAAAAACUUUAUCCUUAAAAAAGACAGAAAUCUUCUCUCCAUCUAACCGUCAUCUUUCAAAGACACUCCAAAUCGAAGACAUACAGAAAGAAGAAGGAGAAGAAACUCUACAGGAAAAAAAAAGAUACCUAAAGAUGCGUGGAUGGAAAUGAUCUGAAACAUAAAUCAUUGCAACGCCUCUUUCACCUGUACUAUUACCGGAAUUUUUGCGCUGGCUUGGCGUUGGGUCACGAAAUCAGAAAAAAUGUAUAAUGCUCCUCUCACGAUGACGGUUUUUGAAAAGACAAAAAACAUGUUGACAUAUUGCAUGCUGGGUUCGGGAAAAGAACCUUGAGAAAGAGGGACGAAGGGAAAGGGUUACAAUUGGGUUACACUCCAGAAAAGUUGGACACAUGAAUGUGAGACUGAAGAGGAAAAAGAGAGAGAAUCAUCUGUAUGAACAGAUGUAACAUACAUGUAUAUACGACUUUGCGUCAUCUAAGCGGCUAUCUGGUGAUGAGCCGCCCUCUAAUCAACCGCUUAAAGCGGAACAAUGCAUACCUAUGCCAUCCCAUAUUUUUUUUGUGACUUUGGAUGAUUCCUAUGUCUACAAUUACCAUCCCAUCCUGCCAUGACAGAAUCCGUUUCUAAAGUAUUAAUAGUCGUAAGAUUUGAUGCUCGAAUGACAUGAAAGCAAAUAUUUCCUCCUCUAAGUUGAUGUUUUGCAGACUGCCGUACUGCCUUGGAGUUCCAUUUCUUCUUUUCUUUUUAUACAUGCGACGACCGCCGGUCAACAUUACAUUCGCGUCUUGAUAAAGAAACAUAUUUUACACGCCUGGGACUGGCUGGUGAUAAGUCACCUAUGCUCGCAUCUUAUUUUUUUGCUUUUCCUUUUGCAGCAGGCUUGCCCUUGGAGCGGCCUUUUGGCUUGGCUUCCUCGCUGUCUUCGUCAUCUGCGGUCUGGGCUUUCGCAGCCUUCUUUGAUGGCUUCUUGGCCUUUGGUUGCUUGAUGUAUUUGUCCUUCUUGAAAUCGAUGUCGUCAUCUUCUUCGGCAUCUGGAGCCUCCAACACCUCAGCAUCAUCUGCUUCUUCAAUGGCUUCUUCCAAAUCUGGCGCCUCCUUAGCGAGCUUCUUUGGUGCCAGCACAUUGCUAGCUUUGAUGAAUGGUAGUGGGUGGUUCAUGGAAUUGUAUGUUCGAGUAAAGGCAGCUUUUGUCUUGGUUUCGAUUUUGACAUCUUCUUCCCUCAUAGGACCAACUCCCAGCUCUUGAAUGGCGUCAAAGUCCUCUCGGGUGAGAUAGUAGCUAUCCAUCAGGUCAAUCACCUCUCCUACGGCUUCACCGCCUUCUUUUUGCAGCCGAUCAACUGUUUGGGACCACAUCAGAGGUAGAUACUCUUGUCGGACCUCAGUAUGAUCGCCAGAC